AACAUUGACUAAGGCGUGUGCACAUGUGCAUAUCUAAUCUUCCUCUGUUCAGUUGUGAUACGUAAACACGCUUAGGUUUCAGUCUUGAGCAGCAAUAAAUUCGCCGCACGUCUCCUGCAUUGUUACUUGCUGCUGAUUCUGUCCUGAAGACAUGGCUCUUACACCGUAUAAUCACAAUGCAAAGCCCGGGGACCUGAUCGAGAUCUUCCGCCCAGGGUAUCAGCACUGGGCUCUCUACAUCGGUGGCAACGAAGUUGUUCAUUUGACCACUCCAGGUAGUGACUCGGGCUCUUUUGGGGUCAUGAUGACAGUGCUGAGCACUGUAGGCACCGUGGAGUGCCACAAGAUCUGGGAGGUCGUCGGUAACGACCGAUUCCAAAUCAACAACCUGUUGGAUCACAGGCAGGAGCCUCGGGAUCGCGGCGUCAUCGUGAGGGAGGCGUGCGAGCUGGUGGGCCGGGAGCUGCCGUACAGCGCCGCCACCUACAACUGCGAGCACUUUGUCACCGGGCUGCGGUACGGAGAGCCGGAGUCUCGACAGGUACAGAGAGCGGCUGUGAUUGGGGGAGCCGCCAUAGUGGGUGUCGGUGCCCUCGUGGCUUUGGGCGCCGUUCUGUUCGGCGGUCUGCUCAAAGAUGACGAGGAGGACCAAAGAGAAGGAAGAAGAGGGAGUAGACAUCGUAGGAGACAACAGUGAGGCCGAAUGAUGGAAGAUCCCAACAUUGUUUGAGUUAAUUCACCGCCAUGAUUUUGAUUCAAACAAUGUGAAUAAAAUAUUGCACUUGUACACUGAAAAAACAACACACACAUAAGAGAAUUAAUUUAAUAUAAACGGCUGUCAUAAUGUAAUGUCUUACUAACGUUUAACGUCAAUUUAUUCUUCAUAUAAUGUAUUGUAUUGAUAUGUGUCAAAAGUAAAUAAUGGACAUUUGUACAGGAAAAAUUC